CACAAGUCGUCGGCCAUCAAGCCACCGACCGCCAAAUGCGUCCAGCCGCCCACGGACUGCACGAGGAUGUCGUCGACUGCCACGCUACAAUCCACCGCGCCCCACCGGCCAGCCAUGUCAGUCUCCACAGAGCUCAACCACGCCAAUGAUUCCACGGCUCGUUCUUCGCUGCCGAUGGCCUUGGUGAUGAUGGCAUUGUUCUCGUCAGAGACGAAGGCCGGGACAAUGCCACUCCAAGCUACCAUCCUGCAAAACCUGCGUGGCAAGAAAGCGAUGGGCGUGUUUAACCUGCCCAAGUACUUUUGGCAGUUCCCGCUACACCCAGACAGCUGGGACAUGUUGUUGUUGUUCAUGCUCAAUGAAUGCGUGUACACCCCGGACUGGGUGAUGCAAGAACUUGUGGACAGUGCCCACAUCGACGACAUCUUUGUGUACGCCGACACAGUGGAAGAGUACGUGGAUGUCCUCGAGUCGUUCUUCGACCGAGUGGCCCAGUACGGCUUCAAACUGAGUCCGGCGAAAACCAUACUGCUCACGGACUAA